AUGUCUACCGAUUUUUGGGCCGGCUAUGUGAGCGGCGCUGUAGGGAUCAUCGUCGGCAAUCCACUUGAUAUUCUGAAACUCCGUCAACAGACCCAGCAUGCAGACAGCACAAUGCUUACUUUCCACAAUACCAAAUCGCUACUGGCUGGCUCUGCAGCGCCGCUUCUCGGUUACGGCGCACUGAAUGCUCUCCUGUUCGCAUCAUACAGCCACACUAAAUCAGUACUCCGCCGCGCUACGGGAUCAGAACUGAGUCUCGGCAUAACUUGGGUGGCUGGCGCUGUUGCUGGCCUUGCGACAUGGGUAGUCAGUGCCCCAACAGAGUUGGUCAAAUGCAGGGCUCAAAUUGCACUGCCGACGGCGAAUUCUAGCUUCAACAUUGCUAAGGAUAUCUGGCGCAAGGAGGGAAUCAGGGGCCUCUAUUUCGGCGGCCUUGUCACCGCACUUCGAGACAGCAUCGGAUAUGGAUUUUACUUCUGGUCCUAUGAGCUCGCAAUUCGAAGUUGGCCGAUGCCGGAUGGUCGAAAAGGUCUUUCCAUCAGGAACGAAGCCCCUCGAGUAAUGCUCUGCGGUGGCCUGGCGGGAAUCGUUACCUGGGCAAGUGUAUUUCCACUUGAUGUGAUCAAGACAAGACUCCAGACUCAAAUGGCGAUACGAUGUCGGGACACAAUCCAGGAGACGGUGCAACCGGGACGAAAAGGCGCCUGGCUAAUAGCCAAGGAUACGUUCCGCGAAAACGGCACAAUGCCUUUCUUUCGCGGCCUUACAGUGUGCAGUAUAAGAGCCUUCAUUGUCAAUGCCGCACAAUGGGCUGUCUACGAAGGUCUUAUGUACAAGUUCGGAGAGGGCAGAUUCCGUGAUGAAGAGGUCGCAGAGCAUACUUAG